AUGAACCUCCAAAGAAAGAGAAGCCAGAGCCUAAACCACCUUAAGCCACCAGUCUAUGAGCCUCCUAAGAAGAAGAAACCAGAACCAAAGCCAGCUAAGCCCCCAGUUUAUUCACCUCCAAAGAAAGAGAAGCCAGAACCCAAGCCACCAGUCUAUGAACCUCCGAAGAAGCCACCAGUCUAUGAAACUAAGCCACUAAAGCCACCAGUUUAUGCACCACCAAAGAAAAAGAAGCCAGAACCCAAACCACCAGUGUAUGAACCUCCAAAGAAGCCUCCAGUGUUUGAACCAAAGCCACCAGUUUAUGCACCACCAAAGAAAGAGAAGCCAGAACCCAAACCGCCGGUGUAUGAACCUCCAAAGAAGCCUCCAGUGUUUGAACCUAAGCCACCAGUUUAUGCACCACCAAAGAAAGAGAAGCCAGAACCCAAACCGCCGGUGUAUGAACCUCCAAAGAAGCCUCCAGUGUUUGAACCUAAGCCACCAAAGCCACCAGUUUAUGCACCUCCAAAGAAAGAGAAGCCAGAACACAAACCACCGGUGUAUGAACCUCCAAAGAAGCCUCCAGUGUUUGAACCUAAACCACCAAAGCCACCAGUUUAUGCACCACCAAAGAAAGGAGAAACCAGAACCCAAACCACCAGUAUAUGA